CACCAGAUAUCACUCUACUCUCUGCCAGUUUAAUACAUUUUCAUUUCAAGGUUUAUCAGGUUGAAUUUACCAUGACUGAGGAAUGGAAAGGAAAAUGAUAAGACUAACCUAAAGACUGAAAGUGAAAACAAGAUAUAAAGCCUGAUAAAAGCAAGAUUCAUGUGCAUACGCAGUGUUGAAAUUAAAUUGGAGAUGGAAAAAUGGUAACCUUGUUCAUCAAAUGACUAACGUCAAUCUACCUGUUGUUGUUAUUUUUGUGCCAAAAACAAUCAGGGACAGUUUUAACAAUCAAAUCUGAUUGCAAUGUGAUGUUAUUUGAUUCCAUUUCUCAUAUAUUUUUUCAUUCCUUGCAUAUACAUUAUUUUACUUGUUCAGUUAUCCUCUUCCCUUGUAUUUCACAGUGAUAAACAGAAAUACCAAAUUCCCAAGCCAACAAUAUUCAUCUUGUUUAAUAACAAAUAUACACAUAGAUAUUAUAUCAAAUUAUACUAUAAAUUAUAUUAAAAUAAAUUACAAACCAGGCCAAGUUAAUUAAUUUUCCAGUUCUAGUGUCACAUUAAAAUGGAAUCCGAAAAGGAAUACCGAGAAAAGCUUCUUCGUAUGGUCAAAAAAGAGGUUAAACAAAUAAUGGAAGAGGCUGUAACCAGAAAAUUUGUUCAUGAAGAAAGUAGCAGUAUAACAUCCCUUUGUGUGGCUGUUGAUGCUUGCUUAUCACAUGGUCUUAAAAGACGAGCUUUAGGCUUAUUCAAAACUAAUUCAACGACAGCUUUACUUCAAAAAGUGGCUAAAAAUUUUGAACCAGCAGCCAUAGUUUAUAAAGCAGUGGUUCAAAUUGAAACCUCCGAUCCAAGCAAACGAACCUCAUCCAGCAGUGAUAGCACAAAUCAGCUUAAAAACAAGAUAAUCAGUAACAGUCCAACCAAAACAGCGCGAUACUUGUGGAUCCGGGUUGCUUUGAUUGAGAAAAAAUUGGGUGAAAUUGUAAGCCAUGUUGUCACCAAUCACAGUCAGUAUUACGAGAAGGAAGCUUUGGUUGCUGACCCAGUUGGUGGUCAAAUAUUGGCUUCACUAUUGGUCGGGCCUUGUGCUCUUGACUAUUCAAAGAUGAAAACUCAAGAUCAUUACUGGACAGAUCCUCCAGCUGAUGAAUUAGUACAACGUAAUAGAUUGGUUAAUCCUCACUCAAAUGGACCAUCAACACCACCGAUAGGAAGAAAGCCAUUAGGUUUACCCUUUCGUCGAGGACCAAUCACUGAUUCAAGAAUAUCAAGUUCAUCCGAUGAGAAUCUUCGUCUGUCCAGCUGGUCACCUCGAGAUUAUGUUGAAUCCCUACAUCAAAAUGGUAAAACAACAUUACUCUAUGGUAAAAACAAUGUACUGGUUCAACCGAAGGAAAAUUUGGAACCCAUUCCAGGGUAUCUUUCCUUGCAUCAAACCCCAGCUGGUUUGGUAAUCAAAUGGACACCUAAUCAACUUAUGAAUGGAUCAGCUAGUAUCGGUGAAGCCUUACCAAAUGAAAGUCCAUCAAUAACUCAGGAUAAAAGCUCAUUUUGGGAUUAUGCGAUGACCGUUAAUGUUGAAGAUAUUGUAUAUCUUCAUUGCCACCAGCAAGAUUCGUGUGGUACUGUUGUCCUUGUGGGUCAAGAUGGAGUCCAAAGAUCACCGAUACGUUUUCCCAAAGGCGGUCACUUGCUGGCUUUCCUAUCCUGUCUUGAAAAUGGUCUUGUUCCGUAUGGUCAAUUGGUUCCUCCUCUGUGGACACAAAAGGGUAAAGGUAAAGUUUUCCCAAAAUUAAAGCGUAAAAAUCAUCGGAGUAUGUUCAAUGGAAAUAAAAGUGAAUCUGGUUCAUCGUCAGAAGAAAAUGAAACAACGGAUUAUGUAUUUCGCAUUGUCUCAUCUUCAGAGAAACCCGAGUCAAUUUCUCAAGAAAUGUUUGACCCCAAAACAACAAAAACAAAUUCAUUCCUAUGGAGAGCUCGUAAUGGUUUACAAGAUAAAAAUACUUCCAAUUCAUCUUCAACAUCAUCUACGUCGUCUAAAUCAUUGAGUGAAGAUGGUACACUUGAAUCAAAUAAUACAAAAGUUAGUCAAAUGCCAAAUCAGCCAAUUCCAACGGAUAAAUCAAUUAAGAUUCUUUGUGACACAAUGAAACGUCAAAUAAUUUCUCGAGCAUUCUAUGGUUGGCUGGCUCACUGUCGCCAUUUGCGAACUGUCCGCACUCAUUUAUCUGGAUUAGUUAAUCCUGUAAUCAUUCCAGUUGAUAAACCAACCGAGGCAUCAAAAGGUUUAACCAAAACAGCCUGGGAAUCUUUCCAUGAUGAGAAUGGCAGAAUUACCUCACCAGAUGAGAUUCGUCGUCUUAUUUAUUAUGGAGGAGUUGAACAUGACAUAAGAAAACAAGUUUGGCCAUAUUUAUUGGGACACUAUGAAUUUGAUUUCACCGAAGAAGAAAGAGUUGAACGCGAUAAAGAUGUAACUCAACAUUAUGAGAUCACAAUGACUGAUUGGUUGGCCGUUGAGGCAAUUGUACGACAACGAGACAAGGAAAUUAUGGCAGCUAAUUUGGCUAAAUUAUCAUCAGAGUCAAAUAACAGCACAGAAAUACCUUUGGUUGGACCUGCGAAAGAAACAAACAAUUGCAGUAAUGAAGUCUUCACUGACUUUUCGGACUCUGAGGAGAGUGAUGUAGACGACAAAAAAGGAAGCGUUGUUAAAUCAACUGAAGAUUCAACUUCUAAUGAAAAUAAACCCAAAGGUAAAGGAAUGAGAACAUCGAGAGGUCGUUCAGUUGAUUCAACUCAUAGUGAAAGUAAAAGUCGACGCAAGAACCCGGGAUCACGAGAUUGUCUUAAAAGACAGAGACAAAUUGGAAGUGAAACAAGUGCAGGACAAAAUAUUGUUAUAACCAAUCCAUCUGUUGAUUUAACUCGAGCAUAUAAAUCAGAGGGAACUAUAGAUAAAUCAGAUUCAGAUAGUAAUUCUGUUGGUGUAAAUAAAAAUGACCAUAACUUAACCAAUGACCGUAAUCUUGGCUUAGAGCCAGGUUCAACUUGCAUAUCACCGGCAUCGUCCAACGGUGGAGUAUAUCCUAAUGAACUGCUUGAUCUGUUUUCAUUGAAUCUUCAUCGGAUCGAUAAAGACGUUCAAAGAUGUGAUAGAAAUUACUGGUACUUCAUGAAUAAAGAUAACCUGGAAAAGCUGAGAAACGUCAUGUGUACUUACGUUUGGGAACAUCUUGACCAAGGUUAUGUCCAAGGAAUGUGUGAUCUGGUCGCUCCAUUAUUGGUUAUAUUUGAUGAUGAGGUUAAAUCUUAUAGCUGUUUUUGUGAAUUGAUGAAACGCAUGGUUUCUAAUUUUCCUCAUGGAGGUGCGAUGGAUACACACUUUGCCAAUAUGAGAUCGCUUAUUCAGAUACUGGACAAUGAGAUAUUUGAUUUGAUGCAUUCCAACGGCGAUUACACUCAUUUCUAUUUUUGUUAUCGAUGGUUUCUUUUAGACUUCAAAAGAGAGCUACUAUAUGAAGAUAUUUUCAGAGUUUGGGAAGUUAUUUGGGCAGCUAAAUUUGUCGCUUCAGCCCAUUUUGUCCUCUUUAUUGCACUAGCUUUGGUUGAGUAUUACAGAGAUAUUAUUUUGGAAAAUGAUAUGGAUUUUACUGAUAUAAUCAAAUUUUUUAAUGAAAUGGCUGAAAGACAUGAUGCUAAAGCUGUUCUCAAACUAUCAAGAGAGCUGGUUCUACAAAUUCAAUCUUUGAUGGAUAAUAAUUACAAUUGAAUUACUAUUGGACUUUCUGUAAAAUUUAAUUUGUUUGUUCAUUAAAUGUCGACCGUUUCUAAUAACAGAAAAA